GCGGGGCCGCUGCUUUGCAAACUUUGCAGAGUCUAGCCAGGACCGAGAGCCCCCGGGUGGGCUAUUCCUCCUCCUCUGCUUUCCCAAAGCUUUGCAGAGCCAAUAGCUGCCGCAGAUAUCUGUGCGCUCUCGCAGACAGACAUCCAGCGGACGGGCGCCUUCUUCCUAAUCCUGUACUGCAUCUCUCUUCGCGUCUGCCGACAGUUUCUCACCCGUGCCAAAGAAGUUCGUGGGGAUGUCGACCGCAGAUGAGGACGGCUUCCUGCUCCGGCCUUUCAAGCUGAUAGCCCUGCUGUGCGCCUUCAUCGCUCUAGCCCUAGACGUGGCGGCUCUUCUGAGCCCUGCCUGGGUCACGUCGGAACGCUACUCCCGCUCCCUCUGGGUGUCUUGUAUGCAAGGCCGGGAUGAUGUUUGGGAGUGCAGCUCCACCCUCCAGACUGACUGGCAAAUAGCUGCUUUGGUGUUGAUCCUGACGGCAGCCACCAUCACUUUGCUGUCAUUCCUCUUGUCUCUGACUUCCUUCUGCCUGGGGAUCUAUAAGCGCUAUUACCGGGUUGUUGCCAUCCUCCUUUUUGCUGCUGUGGUUCUGCAUGUCUGUGCCUUAAUCCUCUACCCCAUCAAAUUCAUCGACAGCAGCAUGCUGAACAGUUACCAUGAGUUCAACUGGGGCUACGGCUUAGGCUGGGGCUCUGCCGUCUUCAUGCUGGGUGCUGCCAUCCUUUACUGCUUACGCACAGAUUUGUAUGAAGAUGCGUACUACUGAGGCAGGCAGAUGGAGCUGGACUGGAUUAGCAGACUGCUGGGACCAGACUGGUAGACAGGAGGAGAGAGAUGAAAUGGGGAAAGGAGUGGUGGAUUGGCACACUUGGCCCUUCCAGAUGUGCACCUCAUCUUGGCAAGAAGCUGGCAGACGCCUUGAAAAAUGAAGAUGCAAAGAUCUUGAGUUGGACACCCUUCAAAGAAUUAGAGGAAUAAAAAACUAUAAAAGAGCCAUACUUCUCCAUCGAAUAACUAGCUUGAGAUCUUUCUCAUGUUUCUAUUAUUCUAUGCAGGAAAUGUUGUCUUUAUAUUUAAAGAGAACAACCCCCUGUGUUGAAGUAGAACUUUGCUGCCUUUAUUUUGAGGUGCUUAGCACACCCUUUCACGUAGCUGCAGGUGACAGGUGGGAGAGCAUAGGGUGAAGUUAACUGGAUCUGUAAAUGUAUCGGUGGUAAAUCCACUUGAUCCUGGGGAACCAGAAGGGCGCAGAGACUGGUUUGCUGGUGGUGAUCUUGGCCCCUGUUCUGUGCAGAAAGUGUGUGGGUUUGUAUAGCUGCAGAGUUGAAUAAACCAACCUAUUAAAAUGA